AGAUUGAGAAAAUAAAGUAGAACCAAGUUGUAAGCUCCCUGGCCAGGGAGGAGGGUGCAGGAUGAGGAGGGUGGUGGACAUGCACGGAGGCCCAGAGGGCAGAGGUGGGCGCAGGUGUUCACAACUACCUCCGGGGCACUGAUUGGCCCCCCUGUGCCAUUGCCCAAGGAGACUUGGGAUUCAAAGUGGUAUCUUAGGUGGCACGAGGGCCACUCACAGCUUUGGCGCUCCUAGUGCACCUCCCCUGCAGAUGGUGCAACCAAACGCUGGGAGGUACACACCCACACCACACCCCGCCCCUCAGGGACUCUGAGGCUUUGACUGGGGAGCAGGGUGCCCCCACCCACUGCCACCCCCACUUCCCUGGCUGGCGCGCCCUGUGGUACAGCCUUGGUUCCACAGCGGUUUCACAGCCUAGAGGCAGUGAGCAAGGAGGGAGGGAAGUCUUGGGUGGGAGGUAGCAGGACCAAAGAACCAUGUUUGGGGGGCAUGUCCCUCCUCACCAGGGCCCUGCCCCCCUUCCCACACCCUCAGAAAGUCCAGCCCUGAGUCCCACUUAAAUCCUCACUGCUGCAGGUCUAACCUGCUGCCCCUGGCUGAGAACUCUGGGACGCGCAGACAGACCUGGACUCUUGGUGGGAGCUGCUCUGCCCACUCCCCACCCCAGACGCCCUAGAAGCAAGUCUGGCCACCACCCGCACGCACAGUUGACCCCCAGGCUGUGGUGAGGGUCUGAGAGCUGGCACCACGGAGCCUGGGCAACCUCCUCCGCCCACCCAUGCCCACCCCGCAUGAGGCUGAGAAGCAGAACACAGGGCCAGAGGAGGCGGACCGGCCCCCUUCAAUGUCCAGUCAUGAUGCAGCCCCUCCAGCGGCCCCCAGCCGUAACCCCUGCUGCCUAUGCUGGUGCUGCUGCUGUAGCUGCUCCUGGAACCAAGAGCGGCGGCGCGCAUGGCAGGCCUCCCGGGAGAGCAAGCUGCAGCCCCUCCCCAGCUGUGAAGUCUGUGCCACACCAAGUCCUGAGGAGGUGCAGAGCUGGGCCCAGUCUUUUGACAAGCUGAUGCACAGCCCGGCGGGACGCAGCGUGUUCCGGGCAUUCCUGCGGACAGAGUACAGCGAGGAGAAUAUGCUCUUCUGGCUGGCCUGUGAGGAGCUGAAGGCCGAGGCCAACCAGCACGUGGUGGACGAGAAGGCGAGGCUCAUCUACGAGGACUACGUGUCCAUCCUGUCCCCCAAGGAGGUGAGCCUGGACUCCCGUGUGCGGGAGGGCAUCAACAAGAAGAUGCAGGAGCCGUCCGCACACACGUUUGACGACGCACAGCUGCAGAUCUACACGCUCAUGCACCGGGACUCCUACCCACGCUUCCUCAGCUCGCCCACCUACCGCGCCCUGCUGCUGCAGGGGCCGUCACCGUCCUCCGAGGCCUAGGCCGCCCCAGCAGCACAGACCCCACCGCCUCCUGUGCCGACUCUGGGCUCCUUCAGGUGUUGGCUGUCGGGGACAUGCCUGCGGGCCCAGCCUGGCCGGCUGGGGUCCCCACCCGUGGAGACGGCCCUAGACCCAGUGGGGAGUGCUGUGGCUCCUGGCUCUGCCCACCCGUGGCCAAGCAGGAAUUCCAGGUGCAGGGCGGGCCAGAAGCCCCUCGUCGGCCCGCAGCCGGCUGGCCCAGUGCUCCUGGUGGGGGCUCUUGCAUGGUGAGAGUAGGGACCCCCCAGGAGCCAUGCUGGACCCCCCAGGAACCUCGUUGGGGCCUCUUCCCCAGGCAGCUGACGGGCCCCGGACAAGCCUUGGUGGGGGGCAGAACCUCUGCAUCAUGUAGUUCUAUGACAUAAGGAGACCUCCUACUUGAGCUGUCCGUACCCCAGAAUCAAACCCAGAACCUCAGAACCAGAUGUAGGACCUCAGAAUCCUGCACUCAAGGUGGCAGGACCCAAUUUCUGUUUUAUAUGUUCAUGAACUUUAAACCUGGAAACAUGUCCUUACUAGGUGUUUUAUCAAAAAAAAGUUUUCAUAUUUAUCUCUAUCCCUAACCCCCCAAAAAUAGGAUGUCUUAUUAUUGAAGAUAUUUUUAAAGCA